UGUCCGCAGUCUCUGGUCAUCUCAUGUACUAUGUCUGCAGUCUCUGGUCAUCUCCUGUACUAUGUCAACAGUCUCUGGUCAUCUCAUGUACUAUGCCUGCAGUCUCUGGUCAUCUCAUGUACUAUGUCCGCAGUCUCUGGUCAUCUCAUGUACUAUGUCCGCAGUCUCUGGUCAUCUCCUGUACUAUGUCAACAGUCUCUGGUCAUCUCAUGUACUAUGUCCGCAGUCUCUGGUCAUCUCCUGUACUGUCUGCACAGUCUCUGGUCAUCUCCUGUACUAUGUCCGCAGUCUCUGGUCAUCUCAUGUACUGUGUCCGCAGUCUCUGGUCAUCUCCUGUACUGUGUCAGCAGUCUCUGGUCAUCUCCUGUGCUGUGUCCGCAGUCUCUGGUCAUCUCAUGUACUGUGUCCGCAGUCUCUGGUCAUCUCCUGUACUGUGUCAGCAGUCUCUGGCCAUCUCCUAUACUGUGUCCGCAGUCUCUGGUCAUCUCCUGUACUGUGUCAGCAGU